GAUCAACCCGCUCCUCGCCCUCCCACCUCCCACCUCUUAUAAGAGUAGCCAUCAUCCACACUUUUGAAUGAUUCCUUCCCUUCCUUCUUCAUCCAUCCACAUUCUCACACUCACAUACACUUGAGCAUCCCUUCCAUCUUCAUACUCAACUAACUUAAUCUUUUCGCGUCUUCGCAAUCCAAAUCAAUCAAAAUGCCUCCCAAAGCUGCUGAGAAGAAGCCCACCACCGGCGGCAAGGCCCCAGCCAAGGCCCCUCCUGCUGAGAAGAAGGAGGCUGGAAAGAAGACCGCCGCUGCCCCUUCAGGCGAGAAGAAGAAGCGUGGCAAGACGCGCAAGGAGACUUACUCCUCAUACAUCUACAAAGUGCUCAAGCAAGUGCACCCCGACACUGGUAUCUCCAACCGUGCCAUGUCCAUCCUGAACUCCUUCGUCAACGACAUCUUCGAGCGCGUCGCCACUGAGGCCUCCAAGCUUGCUGCCUACAACAAGAAGUCCACCAUCUCUUCUCGAGAGAUCCAGACAUCAGUCAGACUCAUCCUGCCUGGUGAACUCGCCAAGCACGCCGUGUCUGAGGGCACCAAGGCCGUCACCAAAUACUCAUCCCAAUCCAAAUAGAUAGCAUCUUGAGGCUUCGAGGAUGUUUGCUUGGUUCAUGGGUUCUGUUUUAUUGCAAUGGGGUUGUGGCACAAUGGAUCAACGGUGUUGAAAUGGGUUUGCGAACAACACUUUAUGAUGCGUCAUGGGAAUGGGGAUUCAUGAUGAAAACAAUGAGCCCGGCCUUUCUUAGAGAGCUGCCUCUUGGUUCAUCACAUCAAGUCAACAGGUCAUGCUUAACGGUUUUCAGAGCUUUUUGUCUUACAUCAUGAGAACAUGGUGGAGAACAAAUGUACGAUAUUCACCAGGCUCGUGGGCAUGUGAAUCAAAUUAUGGCCAAUUCCAGCUUCGAUCUUGAAGAAGCACUGGAUACAUACAGACACAAAUGCAAAGCAUGAAAUCAUAUGUUGAACUUGACCAUUGUUUUGGGACUCUGCGAAGCUGCUCUGAAGAGCCAUAUUGUAUAUUCUGGCUUGUCGCGACUUGUCACCCGGAACGUGGCAAUCGUUAUUUGCAUAUGAACAGAAUGUAUUGCUCGUUGUAUUUCCUACGAUUGUAUAUUGACACGUCGAGCGGUCCAAACAAUUUCAGAAGUUGAGAGCGACUCGAACAGCUUCCAAGUUCGCAGUUCAAUCAUGCCGACCACCUCCUGCGAUGCAUGUAGAGGUUCCAUUCCAUUGUUGUGGCACUUGGACGCGUGGGUGAGAGCAAUGCGCGCUAAGACACGCCACCGACCGCACGGCCGAGGGUUCGUCAAAUCAGCAAGCACGUGAGAGGGCCUCGGGGCUCAGGCGCGCAACACACGACAGCAAGCAACGGGACACCCUGUUAAUUUCUUGCCAUUGGAUUAUUAUCGUUUGCAUAACAUCAAAUUCAAACUCACUACUACCUACAGGCAGGGCAGGUCUGAUUUCGG